AUGUCUCAGCAGUACGCCAAGGACCAGCCUGAGGGCUUUGUCAACAAACUUGAACGAGUUGCCAUCAUCGGUGCUGGUGGAAGUGUUGGCAAAUACCUGGCCAAACACAUCAUCGAGACCGGAAAGCACACAGUCACCGCAAUCACUCGCAAGGGAAGCACCAACACUGCUCCCCAAGGUGCUCGUGUCGUCACAGUCGACUACGAAGAUGAAAACUCUCUUGUCGAAGCUCUCAGAGGACAGCAGUUCCUCGCCAUCUCACUUUCUGUCCAAGUUGCUCCCGGCACCCAGGAGCGGAUCGUUCGCGCUGCCGCAACCGCGGGUGUACCUUGGAUCAUGCCCAACGUCUACGGUAUUGACAUCCUCAACAAGUCCCUCGCCGAUGAGAACAUGACCGGUGGAGGUGUCUACCCCGGCAUCAAUGCUAUUGAAGAGGCAGGUGUUUCAUCCUGGAUUGCCAUGUGCUGUUCUUUCUGGUACGAAUUCUCUGUCUGCCAGGGUCCUCAAUGGUACGGUUUCGACUUUAGCAAUGGGCAGAAGAAGGUCACAUUCUACGACGACGGCAAUACCCAGAUCAAUACUUCAACCUGGGACCAGUGUGGUCGAGCUUUUGCUUCCCUUCUCAGUCUCAAGGUCAUUCCUGAUGAUGAGAACGACAAGUCUCCCACCAUUUCCCAAUGGCGAAACAAGCCCCUCUACAUUUCCAGCUUCCUCCUCUCUCAGCGACAGAUGCUUGACAGUCUUCAGCGCGUGACCGGCACUACAGACAAGGAUUGGACCAUUGAGUAUGAGGGCGCCAAAGAGCGAUGGCAGCGUGGUGUUGACAUGGUGAAGAGCGGUGAUCGUUCUGGCUGGGCGCUUGCCAUGUAUUCGCGAACAUUCUUUCCCAAUGGUGAUGGUAACUUUGAGGCCAAGUAUGGACUUGCUAAUAAGGUUCUGGGAUUGCCUGAGGAGGACUUGGAUGAGGCCAGCGCUAAGGCUCUUAAGAUGGCUGAAGAUAACUAUAACUACUACAUGAACCGAACUCACUAG